UCUUGGUGAUAUUUUUUUUUAAUUUUGUUGAUUUUUUUAGCAACUACUUCAAGCACCUGUAGCUACAGGUAAAAAUGUUUGCCCUUGUCUGUGUGGCUGUUCUCACCUGGAUGGCCCAGAUUGAUGCUGCUACCAACUCGACCAUCUCGUGCACAAGGGGAACUGAACUGACGCCACUAAACCUGGAAUGUAACUCGACCAGUCAAUAUCUCGUGAUCAACCGUGUCUUCUAUGGGGCCAAGUUAAAAACCAGCAACUGUUCCCGGACCGGCACCUUCAGCCAGUGCUGCCUCCCCACAUCUGACGAGUGUGUGUUCGAGAACUCCUCUGACCUCACGAGCGUGAGAAGUUUGUGCUCCGGCCAGACGUCUUGCACCCACGCGCCCUUGAAGAGGCUGACGUCAUCCCUGGGCAACUGCAACCAGAGCCUGUACACAGACCUGACCUCCAUCGCUUUUGUCGAGUACACGUGUGUUAACGUGAGCAGUGUGGUGAAUCUCUGCGACAACACGGUGAGGUCAGAGUUCGGGGAGGUCACCCUAGACAGCAACAACGUGCGUGACAACAGGAACCUGGUCAACAACAGCUGUAGCUGUCUGCUGACUGCUGACCAGAACUCGACCUUGACAUUUACAGCGGUAAAGGCGCAGUUCACGGCCUACGCCAAUGUAUGCAUGGAGGAUCUUGUGUUUACAGACAAGACAUACCCGGAUAAGAAUAGAACGGUCACGUGCACGGAUGGUCAGCUGACGGCCAACCCAGUCCUACAACCAGGGGUCAGUUACAACGUGCUCAACCAAAUCAGCGUCAUCCAGGACAAGGCGUUGUUUACCUCGCAAUCAGGUCAGGUCGACGUGACACUGCUCGUGGCGGAGACUCACAACGAGACCCUGUCCAUCAGCGUGAAGCCAUCGGUCAACGGCAGUAGACUGACGCUGGACUGCCGGUCAAAUAUCGUGCCGUACAAGACACGUAAGCUCACGACGCAGACCCCAAGCGGACAGACUACAGCAGCCAACAUUUUGACAACACCGCGAGACAACAGAACAGGGAACCCCACACCUCCAUCUGCUAGUACCGUGGGACCAGAUGGUGCAGGUACCACAAGGUCACCAAGUGUGACAGGUACCACAAGGUCUUACACUAGCUCAAGCGUGACGAGGAAACCAGGUCACCGCGGACCAAACAAGCAAUGUGGCGAGUCCAACAUCCUGUACAGUCUAAUGGAGUACAACCAAAAAUAUGGAAGAGAGGCGCAAAGACGGAAACGAAAGAAUUACCGACAAACCAAACUCUAUUGGAGAAUAGACAACAAAUCCUAAAUAUUUCAUUUAAAUAUAGGAAACUA